AGGAGCACAGACCGGCGGGCUUUAUAAAACCCGGCUUCCCUGCUCAGUGUGUGCUAACAACUGUCAGAUCUCCACCGGUGGUAUCCGCUAGUCAGCGACCGCACUGUGUUUUCUGAACCCCCGUUCUUGUUUUCUUUCCGCCAGUGAAAAGUUCUCGUGAAGCCGACCUGUCAGAAUGUGUGGCAUUUGGGCUGUCUUCGGUUCUGAUGAGAACGUCUCCGUGCAGUGUAAUGCAGUACACCGAAUCACCCAUAGGGGCCCUGACGCCUUCAGAAUUGAGAACAUCAACCAUUUACAGAACGCUUGCCUCGGUUUUCACCGCCUUGCAAUCGUGGACGAUGUGAGAGGUAUGCAACCCAUGCGCUUGUACACACAUCCGUACAUCUGGCUCGUUUAUAACGGGGAGAUUUACAACCACAAACUGUUGGACAAGGAAUUCGACCUGUCCCUCAGUACAGACGUCGAUGGUGAGCCCAUGAUCCACCUCUACCACUCACAUGGCGCCGAGUUCAUGGCUAAACACCUGGACGGCGUGUUUGCUUUCUGCAUUCUGGACGUGGUGAACAGAAAGGUCAUCUUAGGUCGUGACACCUAUGGGGUACGGCCGCUCUUCCGUUUUCAGACUGAGCAAGGCUUUCUGGCGGUCUGCUCUGAAGCUAAAGGGUUGUUCGGCCUCUCCCAUAGCAUGUCAGACGAUGAGGUCAAAAUGGAGCCGUUUCCCCCGGGCCAUGUUGAGAUAUAUGAUCUGGACUCCCAAGGGCGGGCGUUCCUGAAGGAGAGAGUCUGCUUCAACAAGCCAGGCCAGUUCCCUAUGUACAAGACGUUGGUCUCUUCCUAUUCGGCUGACAUAAAAAAAAACGUUGCAACUUUGCUCGAGGCUGCAGUGGACAAGCGUCUUAUGGCAGAGAGGAGAAUAGGCUGUCUGCUGUCAGGUGGUCUGGAUUCGAGCCUAGUCGCUGCCCUGCUAGUCAAGCUGGCAAAGAAGAGAGGCCUGGGUUAUCCCCUGCAAACUUUUGCCAUUGGCAUGGAGGGAGCCACGGACUUGGUUGCUGCAAGAAAGGUGGCCAAGCACCUGGGCACUGAACACCACGAGGUGUUGAUGACACCUGAAGAAGGACUGGAAGCUAUUGAUGACGUCAUUUAUCACUUGGAGACUUACGACAUCACAACCAUAAGAGCCUCAGUCGGCAUGUACCUUCUGAGCAAGUACAUUAAGCAGAAGACAAACACUACUGUGAUCUUGUCUGGCGAAGGAUCAGACGAGUUGGCGCAGGGAUACAUCUACUUCCACAAGGCUCCUUCUGCUGAGGAUGCCGAUAAAGAAACACAUCGUCUGCUUAACGACCUUUAUAUGUAUGACGUGCUGAGAGGAGAUAGGACUACUUCGGCCUGGGGCUUGGAGAUCCGAGUUCCAUUUCUGGACCACCAGUUCACCAGCUACUAUCUGUCCCUCAAACCGGAACUCCGGCAACCGAUCGAUGGCAUCGAGAAGCAUCUGCUCAGAUCGGCGUUUGAUGAGGCUGAGCUCCUUCCCAAUGAAAUUCUCUGGAGGCCAAAAGAGGCGUUCAGUGACGGCAUUUCUUCAGUGAAGCGCUCGUGGUUUGAGAUGAUCCAAGACUACUGUAAAGAGCAGAUCAAUGACAGCACUUUGAGCGAGGCAGCGUCGCUGUACCCCCACAACCCUCCAAAAUCCAAGGAGGCGUUGUAUUACCGCCAAGUGUUUGAGAAGCAUUACCCGCACAAGUCCCACUGGAUCCCCUACUUCUGGAUGCCCCGCUGGUCCACCGCUGAGGACCCUUCUGCCAGAACGCUCAAACAUUACAAACAGUAGAGAGGAUAUCUGCUGUUUGAAACUUCCACCAUAAACAGCUUCUUAUUUCUUUUUGCUCAUUCUUUUUCAAGUGUAUUUGGGGAAGACGCUUGAGGCCUACAUGCGAUGCUAUCUUCAUUUGAAGUAGGAAAUCCUUGAAGAGGGGGCAUAUGAUCUAGCCUCAUUAAGUUCACGAAUGCAAUAACCGCAAGGGACUGGGUGGGGAUGAUUUAAAGAACAUAUUAUGAUCAUACGUGAGAUACACAUAGAGUAUGUGGAUGUUUUGAAAGGAUGUAAAACUGUAGGGACCUGUUUCUCCAGUUUUAGUGAUUACAUACCAAAGAUUCUGUGACCGAUGAUGGCACAUUGCCUUAUAUAGAUAGAGAGAUUGUGAAAAAGAAGCCUAGGUGAGGAAUGAGAUGUGGCAUACGAAGUGAGAUAGUGGAUUCAAUAGGUGUGAAUAUUAGAGUGUGUAAUCAUUUUGUUCAUGAUUAUCGCUAAGAAUAAACAUUCUUCUUCAUUUUGUAUUAGUACCAAAAUAAUAAUAUAUCUGAUAGCAUGCAUUCCAAUUUAAGUCGCCUUUUAUUUGUUCACAUCAACAAGUAUUGCUUCAUGAGAAAAAAAAAACCCAAUUUCAUUUACUUUUUUUCACGUUUGCUUGAGGAAAAUACCUCAAUGAUGCUACGAUCCUAACUUUGGUGUAAUCUGGUUGUAGCGUUAAUUUGCUGACUUCUAAGUGUGCCAUUGGUAUGUUGCAUACUGUUGUAAAAAUGUACAUAGAUAUGUUUAGCACUUGUGUUCUCUAUUUUCAUAAUACUGUCCCUGGGUCUUGUAGCCGUCAGGAGCGGUGGACACUUUUUAGAGCUCGAGCUUCUUUUCGACAUGUGUGAAAUGAUUUGAACGAGAAAAAAAAUGACAGACCAGCUCUAUUGAUGCAUAUAAAAUUAAAAGAGCUUAUGAUAAGAAGGGAGACUUUAAGAAUGAAGACAAAUUGAUGUGUGCACGUGAGUUAUUAUUGAAGUGGCUACAUGCAUGCUACAGCGGCUGUAUCUAUAAUACGUACGAGACAGUGAACAGUGACGUAGAAAGGAAGAACAGAGACAGCGAGAGAGAGGGAGAGAGAGAUAUAGAUAGACAGAUAGAGAGAGAACAUAAUAAUAAUCCAUGUUUUUGCUUGUUGUUGUAAUUGCUGGAUCUAUUCACGCAUCUUUUUUUCUUCUUGAUAGACAUACGGUGGGAAGGUAAAUCAUUUGUUCUGAAAUGGGAAGGUAAAUCAAUUCGAUUGUUUCCUGCCUUGACUGAGAGAAAGUGGAAAGUGUUCAGUGAAACGAGUAGUUCAGAAUGCUAUUACGUGAUGCACAUAAACUUGAUCUUCAAUGUAAGGCUGUGUUGACAACUAAAAUGGUGAAUUUCGAAGCUGGCUUCUCGUUCAUUUCAUUUCAGUUCAAAAUAAAUCUAAUUCUUGAAACAAUUUUGAGAGUUCCUCAGCUUAUCACUUUCUUUGAAAUCCCAGGUAUAUGUGCUGACUGUUCAACUUAAAAUAAAUUAUCCAAUAACAUGA